GUGAAAGAGUUUAGCGGUCACACAAUCCUCAUAAUGAGUCGACGGUAUCAGCGCAGGAUGUCUGACACCGCUCGGUACGUAGUGACACGUGUUUAUGUGGGUUUUGAUUGACGACAUAUAAACUUGAAAACGCUUAGCUGGCAGACGGACAAGUUGCGCCUGCGCCCUGAACCUGCGUUUUUUCCAGCUUGAGGUAUGUUGCUUUGCUUGAAAAUCAGCAGCUGCUGCACAGAGCAGAGGCAAAGGCAAAGUGCAAUAUCUCAGCGAUUCACACGGACAGCACGCAGCGACAGUCCGGGGUCGUCGUGGAUUCCAGUGAGGCUGGACUCGGUCGUUUUUCAGUCAUUUUCUGCGGUGCCAGUCGCCUGAUGUGGAAGACGCUUUCUCCCGUGUGUUCUGGAUAAUCUCCCCCACAGCCAGCUCCACGUAUUGAGAUGAUCUAUUUUUGUGAUGGCGAAGGGUCUGUUUCCACGGGCCUGGGUGAAAAAGUCCUUCUACUUUCAGGCUCGGAUCUCCUUUGUGCGGGUGAAGUACCUGUUCCUGACAUGGCUGACUGUGCUGGUGGGGAGCUGGGUGCUCUAUGUGCAAUACUCCGCCUACACAGAACUGUGCAGAGGACACGAGUGCAAGAACGCCAUUUGUGAUAAGUACAGGAGGGGAAUCAUCGAUGGUUCUGCCUGCAGCAGUCUGUGUGACAAAGAAACACUCUACAUGAGCAGAUGUCUGUCAACGCUGCCGAAUAACCAGGUGUACACAGGAAGCUGGGGAGAUCACGAUGGGAUCAUCCGCUGUAAGCUGGGGGAGGUUGUUCACUACGAGCUGGGUGAGGAACCGGAGCCACGGAGAGAAGCUCCAGUGUUUGACAAACCCACCAGAGGAACCUCAGUGGAGAAGUUCAGAGAGAUGGUCUUUAAUCACCUCAAGUCCAAGCUGGGAGAGCAGGCCAACCUUGCCAGCCUCGUCAGCCAGAUCCUCUCUGUCGCCGAUGGCAACAGAGACGGGCGGGUGUCGCUGCCAGAGGCUCGAUCUACAUGGGCCCUCCUGCAAAUGGACGAGGUGCUGCUGGGUUUGCUGCUCCAGGACCGUGGACACACUCCUCGUCUCCUCGGCUACUGUGGAGACCUGUACAUGACGGAGAGGAUCGCCUACGGACCGCUGUACGGUUUAUCUCUGCCCUGGCCUCUUGUGUCCUGGGUGCCCAGUGGUUUGCAGCGCACCAUGGACCAGUGGUUCACCCCCUCCUGGCCUCGCAAAGCCAAGAUCUCCAUGGGCCUGCUGGAGCUGGUGGAGGACAUCUUCCACGGCACCUACGGCAGCUUUCUGAUCUGCGACCUCGCCGCGGCGCAUUUCGGUUACACCAACGGCCACGAGCUCCGUCUGACCAACACUCGCGCGAUGGUUCCUGAGGACGAGUUCAGGCGCACCAUGCGAGCGCUGAAGUGCGAGUCGGAUGCUGACUGUGUGUAUGGGGUCGACUGCCAAACCUCGUGCGACUUGUCGGAGAAACGGUGCAGGGAGGAGCCGGUUCAGCCGAACCUGGCGAAGGCGUGCGGUACACUGAAGGACUACCUCCUGCGUGGGGCGCCGUCGGGGAUGAGAGAGGAGCUGGAGAGGCAGCUGUACGCCUGCAUGGCUCUCAGAGGUAAUGCUGGACAGAUGAACAUGGAGCACUCGCUCAUCCUGAACAACCUGAAAGCUCUGCUGUGGAGACAGAUCUCACACACCAAGGACUCAUGACGAGGAGAGGAGUCCUUUUUAAGUCAUAUCAGCCAGUUCUUCAUUCAGAACUGAGUGUAAAAGAUGCUGUGAUUUACAAGUAGCAAAUUUAAUGAAGUCUUUUUAUCAACUUCUAACACUUAUGAAUGGUCAGACUGAUGGACCUACCUCCUCUGUCCCAAUUUUAAAAGCUUGGGGCCUGGAAAACUUAAAGUACUUUGAGAAGACUUAAACUGAAUGAUUGCAUGUUGCCAUCAGUCACACUUGUCGCGAGCACAUGAUAUUGUAUUGUUCACCAUGGUGGAAUGUUACGAGGACACUCCUGGAGAAACAGUCACAGAUUUUACUGUCGUUUGUCCGAAAAGCUGAGAGAUUGAAUUGCUGUUUCUGUUACCAUCAAAUGCAAGGGUUCCAAAAUCAGUGACUAAGCUCCAAUUUUUAGCAUAAAAUUAGAAGUUGCUAUCGAGAUCCAUAACAUAAUCAGGGAGUUUGCCUUUGCUGGAUAUGGCUGACAGUAUUCCGUAUUUUUACUCUUUUUAACAAAUCCAAUCAAAGGACCAAACCCAACAGUUCAACAUCAAUUCUUUCAGAUUUUACUGCACCAUCAGAAAAAAUACCUCAAUUAAAACAAAUAAGGUUACAUGAUUUCCUAAAAUAGCUGCCGUGCACUCUAGUUUCUAGCAGAGGUUACCUAAAAAAGAGUCCAUUUGUUGCAAAUUAAAUCAAAUUUGUUACACGAGUCAGCUCAAAAUAAACUAGCCAUGUUCCUUGUGAUGAAGGGAUGAGUCCCCCACUUAAACUGAUGUAUUUAAUCGUUUGUAGAUGACAAUGUUGACCUACAACAUCACAUUUUUGCGCAAUUAGAUUACUAAUAGUAGAACCAAUGAGACAGAAAUAUGUAAAACGUUAUCCUCCAUGGCACGUGUCAGUGGAAAAAGCAUAUGAAAUUCUAGAAUUAGCUGUUGAUUUGAAGUGAAGAGGAUGAGUGUGGUUUUCAGAGGAUUAGCCGACAACAAAAACCUUUAACAAUUUCAGAUUAGUGACACAUUUCAGAAAAAACUUGAAUUAGUGAAGAAAUUUAAUAUCAUCCUGGAGAAGCUGUUUGUGAUGUUUUUUUGUUACUCAUUUGUAUGAUAAACCGAAGCAGUUCACAAACUUCAAGGUGGACAAAGACGAUGAAGGUUUUCUACAGGAGUCUUGCUGUGUCUGUACUUCAAAGCUGUGCAUCUCCAACCCGUAACCCUAGUGACAUCAUCAAUGCUGCAUCAAUGACAUGAAGGAAAAAAAAUUAAUGUAUUUAAUUUGUGAAUGUUAAAUAUUUGUAUUUGACACCGAAAAGAACAUUUGUGGUAUUGAACUCUCGUUAUUUUUGGAUUUUGGAUGUCACAGUGCCAUCGAGCCCUGAGAUGAAAUCAUUUCAUGAAUGUUUUGGUGGAGAUGUUAAAUCUCGUGAUCACAUUUGAUGCUGUACAAGAGAAUAUUUUCCAUGACACCUUUUGGACGUUUGCUGAAAUGUAUUUACCGAAUCGAAUUAACAACCGGACUUUAACCACUUGGAUGCAGACAGACGUGACCUGUGAAGCAUGUCGAGCUUGUGGUCAGUGCUGCUGUUUUGAAAAUGUACAAAAUGUUUACUUAUUGAAGAAACCAGCAUGAUUUUGCACAAUCAAACGUUGUACCACUUCACUGUAUCUUGUCAGAUCUUUUUUUCUGGUUUGUCAGAAGGUUUCAAACACGCCACGCUGUAAGUCAUUAUCAUCCUCUGACACAUUAUGUGGAUUAAAGGUUAUCACAGUAAA